AUGACUUAAACCUUCUGUAUUGCUAGGAAAAUUCAACAUCCAAUUCCAAAAACUCUCUCCAAGAAGUUGCAAAAACUUAAUCCUAAUGCCUAUCAAACAUACCACAAUCCAAGACAAAAGACAAAGAAAACUCGUCCCUAGUUUCCAAUUCCAAACCCCAUAAAAGAUACCACAAUUACUCACUGAAGCGAGCAUCAUGGAAACCUUCCAACCUGCGGCUCCUCUCUUUCUCUUCACUACCAUCCUCCUCAUAAUCCUAACCUGCUUUCUAGGAACCCGAACACGAACCCGGCCCAAAAACCUGCCUCCCACUCCUCUCUCCUUUCCUAUCCUAGGCCAUCUCCAUCUCAUAAAGAAACCAAUCCACCACUCGCUCUCUCGUCUCUCUUCGCGCUACGGCCCUAUCCUCUCCCUUCGUUUCGGGUCCCGCCCAGUUCUCCUCAUCUCCUCUUCUUCCCUCGCCGAGGAGUGUUUUUCCAAGAAUGACAUCAUCUUUGCCAACCGGCCUCGCCUUCUCGCAGGAAAACACUUGGGCUAUAACUAUACUACUCUCACUUGGGCAUCCUACGGGCAACACUGGCGAAACUUGAGGAGGAUUUCCGCCGUCGAGAUAUUUUCUUCAGCUCGGCUGAACUCAUUUACAGAGUUGCGAAGAGAAGAAGUGAAGGCCAUGGUUGAGGGAUUGGUUAGAGACUGUGAAGAAGGCCAGGGGUAUACGAUGGUGGAGAUGAAGCCAAGGUUGUUUGAAUUGGUGUUGAACGUGAUGAUGGCGAUGGUUACAGGAAAGAGGUGCUGCGAGGUAGAAAAGGCUAAGAUGCUAAGAGAGAUGGUGGAGGAGACAUUUGAAGUGAGCGGGGCAGCAAAUCUUGCAGACUUCUUUCCGGCGCUUCGGAUGGGGGAGAAGAAGCUGCUGAGGUUGCACAAGAAGAGAGAUGCAUUUGCGCAAGCUCUGCUUGAUGAGCAUAGGAAGAAUAAUGAUGUUGAUAAUGAUCGUAAGGGACAAGAAGGUGGAGGAGGGAGAGAGGGGAAGAAAACUAGUGUUAUCGACGCGAUGCUGUCACUGCAAAGAAAUGAGCCUGAAAAUUAUGCUGAAGACAUUAUCAAGGGGACAAUUUCGACUUUGCUGGCAGCGGGCACCGACACUUCAAUGGUGACAAUAGAAUGGGCAAUGUCUCUCCUGCUCAACCACCCCCACAUCAUCUCCAAACUCCGAGCUGAGCUCGACUUCAUUGUUGGCAACCACCGCAUUGUAUCCGAAUCCGACCUCCCCAGCCUCCCGUAUCUCCGCUGCAUUAUCGACGAGACGCUCCGCCUACACCCUCCAGCUCCCAUCAUCCCCUCCCACGAGUCUUCUGACGACUGCAACGUCGGAGGAUUCCACGUGCCGGGAGGCACUAUGUUGCUCGUCAAUGCGUGGGCGAUACAUCGAGAUAAACAGAGGUGGAAGGAUCCAAACAGUUUCAAGCCGGAUAGAUUUAUGGGAGGUGCGGGGAGAGAGGGGUGGAUGCCGUUUGGGAUGGGGAGGAGAGGGUGUCCUGGUGAAGGGAUGGCCAUGAGGGUCGUAGGAUUGGCUGUUGGAGCCUUAGUUCAGUGUUUUGAGUGGGAUACAGGGAGUAAGGAGGUUGAUUUGGGUGAAGGUGUUGGGCUCGUUGUGCACAAGUCUCAGCCACUGGAAGCUUUGUGCAGGCCUCGUGGAUUCUUGAGGAAAGCAUUAGAGUAUGCCUGAUCUCUGAGCAAUCAGUAGAUUGCAUGUUUGAGUCUUAGCAUUUUCCUGCUUAACUUCGCCCAUGUACUGCUUAGUGCUUGGUUUGGUUCUCUUGUUGGAUGAAUUUCAGUAGAACAAUUUUCAAUGGUUUUAUUUCCUGUUCUU